AUGAGAUCAGGGUCUUGCCUUGUUAUCCUUCUAGGAGAAGGUGCCAAAGAGAAAGCUUUACUUCUCAACGGUAGCGAAGUUGGAGGAAGGAAGCUGACUCUCUCAGCAGUUGAGCGCACUGAUGGGUUGACUACAUCAGGUCGAGCUGCUAAGUUCGUGGCAGACUUCCAAAAGAACAGGAGCGAAAUCAUAUCCGUAACUGGAUAUGAGCCUUCUCUUCCUCAAGAAGAUCUCGAGAGUGUUUUGUGGAAGCACUUCGCUGCGUGUGGUGAAAUCACGGAAAUCACCUACCGAGUCAGCUCUGUCCUCGUCCACCUGUAUGGGCUAGGCUCCCUACAACGAGCUGUCCAACUGAAUGGAACCGACCUCGGAGGAGGUUUCACGCUGACCGUCGAAGCCAUGCCCUAUCCGAAGCGUGAAAAAGCCGAAGCCGAGCACGCAAUCCCAGAUGACAUAACUAAAACACUUUAUUAA